AUGGAUUCGCCGCCAGCGAUUGGCCCCACAACCGAAAACGUCGCCAAGGUUGAAUUCACGUGGACUUCCCCUCAUGAUACGGUGCGGUCUCGAGUCCGCAACGCCCCGCGCCAUCAUGCGCGGAAACACAUCGUCAUGGAAACUAAGGUUGAGACAGCAUCUGGUGUCACGCUGGACCUCCAUCAGGAGGGUGAUAAAGUACUGGAGGCUUUUAACUCGGAUGGAUAUGUUAUUUUCAAGGGCGCUGCCGAUACUGAUUCCAUGGAGGAGGCUAUAAAGAACAGGGCUCCGACUUCAAAUGUAUAA